GGACAGGGCUUCUUUCCUUUUCAGGACGAUAUAAAUCACAGGCUAUGCUCUUUUUAUAUACAGUGAAUGGCUACGCUCCUCGACUGGUAGGCGCAAGUUACAUAAUUAACUGUCCUCUAACCAACUGCGACAGUCCGGGAAGACCUCUGCGCACCAGUCAUGUACCUGUACCUCCUGGGGCUGGUGGUUUUCUACUACCUGUACCGCUGGGUCAGGGAGCUACCCAGGGUCCCUGACAAGGGCAGCAAGUAUGUGUACAUCACAGGCUGCGACAGUGGCUUUGGCAACCUCCUGGCCCGCCAUCUGGACAAGCAGGGGUUCAGAGUGAUCGCCUCGUGUUUCACAGAGAAGGGAGAAGAGGAUCUGAAGAAGUCCUGCUCCAGCAACCUGAUCACAACACACCUAGAUGUUAGGUCUAAGGACAGUGUUGCCAAAGUUGCGGCGAUGAUCAAGGACAAAGUCGGGGAGCGUGGUCUGUGGGCUGUAGUGAACAAUGCAGGCGUGUCCAUUCCCUCUGCUCCCUGUGACUGGCUGACCAUUGAUGACUACAAGCUCAUGCUGGACGUGAACCUGAACGGCGUGAUCGCAGUGACUCUGAGCGUCCUGCCGCUAAUUAAGAAGGCCAGGGGACGGGUGGUCAAUGUAGCCAGUGUGUUUGGGAGGAUCAGUGCGACGGGAGGCCCCUACACUAUCUCCAAAUAUGGUGUAGAGGCUUUCAAUGACAGCCUCAGGAAAAAUAUGCAUCCAUUCGGUGUCAAAGUCCUCUGCAUCGAGCCAGGCUUCUUCAAAACAAAUGUGACUGAUCCUGGUAUCCUGUCCAAAAGUGUCAAGAUGUUGUGGGACAGACUGCCCCAGGAGGACAAAGAUGACUAUGGAGUUGAAUAUGUGCAGAAGGCGUUAGCGAUGAUAUCAGACAAAGUUGCCAAGGUCAGUGAUGGAGAUCUGAUGAAGGUGGUCAGCUGUAUGGAGCACGCUGUGUCCGCUGUCCGGCCCCGCACCCGCUACUCCCCCGGGUGGGACGCCAAGCUUUUCUGGCUGCCGCUGUCAUACAUGCCGACCUGUGUCAGUGAUUAUGUCCUCAACAAAGAAGCCGUUCCUAUUGCCAAGCAGAAGGAAUAAAUUGUGCUCUUUUUUGUAUCAACGUGGGCACAUUUUAUACGACUCAAAAUGCAAUCUGUCAUUCCUGACUAAAACUGUAUUUCCCAUGCUCUUUUGUGUAACCAACUGCUGAAUGGAAAGCAAGAAUACAUUACAUCUGUGACAUAAAGUUUACAAGUGAAAGAA